AUGGCCGCGAUGGCAAAAGACGCCUACUUUAACGCCUCCAUCCAUCGACCGCCCGCCUGGGUUGUUGACGCUGCAUUGUGCAUUCUAAAGGAGCGCCUGCACGACCUUAGCGCUGUUCUCCUCCUCCUUUGCCGGCCCAAGCCGUUCCUGGCUGCCAGGCUAGAGGCCGGUCGCUGGCGUUUUCAGCCUUGGACUUUGACAGCCAUCCGUCAUCUGACCCAAGCAUCUGGUAUCGGGCAGCGAAAUCCUCAGGCGUUAGAAGCCGCGAAUGUCACCAAGGAAUCGAUGAAGAUCACCAGCAGAAGCCAGAACGGCGCUAUGAAUCACUACCUGGGGGGCGCUAAAGGGAACUAA